AGUGGGCUUGCCUCUCUGCCACCCUAUAUUUGGCCUGGUCUGUCUCAGUUUGGACUGAUUUUUCUUACAGGUUACAUAAGGACAGGCUCAAUCUUUCUGGCCCAAACUCAGGACCGGCUGAUCUCUCUGAAGCGCAUCAACUCAAGGCUGAAUGUUAUAGGCAUCCCUUCUGAGAUCAUCUCCCCCAAGAAAGUGGCUGAACUUCAUCCUCUCCUCAAUGUGCACGACCUGGUGGGGGCCAUGCAUGUUCCUGAGGAUGCAUUGGUGUCCUCCGCUGAUGUGGCUCUUGCCCUGGCAAGCGCUGCCUCCCAAAAUGGUGUUCAGAUCUAUGACCGGACCAGUGUUCUUCAUGUAAUAGUCAAAAAAGGUCAAGUUACUGGCGUGGAGACAGAUAAAGGACAAAUUGAAUGUCAGUAUUUUGUCAACUGUGCUGGUCAGUGGGCAUAUGAGCUGGGCCUGUCCAACGAGGAGCCGGUUAGUAUCCCGUUACAUGCCUGCGAACACUUCUACCUUCUGACUCGCCCCUUGGAGACCCCUCUGCAGAGCAACACACCAACUAUUGUGGAUACUGACGGAAGAAUUUAUAUUCGGAACUGGCAGGGUGGCAUCUUGUCUGGGGGCUUUGAGAAGAACCCGAAACCAAUUUUCACUGAGGGCAAGAACCAGCUGGAGAUUCAGAAUCUACAGGAAGACUGGGAUCAUUUUGAGCCCCUGUUGAGUUCCCUCCUGCGUAGGAUGCCAGAAUUGGAGACUCUGGAGAUCAUGAAGUUGGUGAAUUGCCCCGAGACCUUCACACCAGACAUGAGGUGCAUCAUGGGCGAGUCUCCUUCAGUACAUGGCUACUUUGUCCUGGCAGGAAUGAACUCUGCUGGCCUUUCCUUUGGCGGAGGAGCUGGAAAGUACCUCGCGGAAUGGAUGAUGCAUGGUUAUCCCUCAGAAAAUGUCUGGGAAUUGGACUUGAAACGUUUUGGAGCCCUCCAGAGUAGCCGUACCUUUCUGCGCCACCGGGUCAUGGAAGUCAUGCCUCUGCUGUACGAUCUGAAGGUUCCCCGUUGGGACUUCCAGACCGGGAGGCAGUUACGCACAUCUCCCCUCUAUGACCGGCUAGAUGCACAAGGAGCCAGGUGGAUGGAGAAACAUGGAUUCGAGAGGCCAAAGUACUUCGUGCCACCGGACAAGGACCUCCUGGCAUUGGAGCAGAGCAAGACCUUCUAUAAGCCAGAUUGGUUUGACAUUGUGGAGUCCGAAGUCAAGUGCUGUAAGGAAGCUGUGUGUGUCAUUGACAUGUCUUCUUUCACAAAGUUUGAAAUAACAUCUACUGGGGAUCAGGCAUUAGACAUUCUACAGUACCUCUUCUCCAAUGACCUUGAUGUGCCCGUGGGCCACAUUGUGCAUACUGGCAUGCUCAACGAGGGUGGAGGGUACGAAAAUGACUGCAGCAUAGCGCGGCUGAGCAAGCGCAGUUUCUUCAUGAUUUCUCCAACUGACCAGCAGGUCCACUGUUGGGCCUGGCUUAAGAAAUACAUGCCGAAAGACAGCAACCUGCUUUUGGAGGAUGUCACCUGGAAAUACACUGCCCUCAAUCUGAUUGGUCCUCGAGCUGUGGAUGUGCUGUCUGAGUUGUCCUAUGCCCCUAUGACUCCAGACCACUUCCCAAGUCUGUUUUGCAAGGAAAUGAGUGUGGGCUAUGCAAACGGGAUCCGGGUGAUGAGCAUGACCCACACGGGAGAGCCAGGAUUCAUGCUUUAUAUCCCUAUAGAGUAUGCCCUGCAUGUAUACAAUGAAGUGAUGAGUGUUGGGCAGAAAUACGGAAUCCGGAAUGCUGGGUAUUAUGCUCUUCGUAGUCUCCGAAUUGAGAAGUUUUUUGCCUUCUGGGGUCAGGAUUUAAAUACCCUCACCACACCGCUGGAAUGUGGACGAGAGUCUUGGGUGAAAUUAGAGAAGGGGAUGGAUUUCAUUGGGCGAGAUGCCCUGCUGCAGCAGAAGCAGAAUGGGGUGUAUAAACGCUUCACCAUGUUCAUCCUGGAUGACCACGACACAGACCUGGACCUCUGGCCUUGGUGGGGAGAGCCCAUUUACCGAAAUGGGCAGUAUGUUGGCAAGACCACCAGCAGUGCCUACAGCUACACCCUGGAGCGCCAUGUUUGCCUGGGCUUCGUGCACAAUUUCUCCGAGGACACUGGGGAAGAGCAGGUGGUGACAGCAGAUUUCAUCAACCGGGGAGAGUAUGAGAUUGACAUCGCGGGUCACCGGUUCCAGGCCAAGGCUAAGCUCUACCCGGUUACCUCCCUCUUCACCCAUAAGCGCCGAAAGGAUGACGUGGAGCUAAGUGACUUGCACGGAAAGUAAUGCCAGGCAGUCUUGUCUCCUCCCAUUUUUCUCACCAUCUUAGGAGCUUCUCUGCUCUUUCUGAGCCCAACACUCUUCUUGAUUUAACCUGUGCCUCCCAUCUCUUAUCGCCUUGAUAUAAUUUUAAACUUUUCCUACUUUUAAACUUUUUGCUUUGCAGCUUCUCUUGUCCUUCCAUCUUCUCCUCCUCCCUUUUGCAGUUCCCCAUCUCCUGCUCCUCACUCUGGGCUGUUCUUCCCAUCCCUCCACCCCUCUCAGAUUCCCAUGGUGACAAGAAGCAUGUCUGACAGGCAGGACAGGAGCAAACUCCAGUUGUGGAAGUGGGUUACUGUGACAGUCUGAUUUCAAAUGCUGUGUCUUGAAUAAGGGAAGCUGGUGGUAUGCAGGCCUCAGGGCAAGAGUCCAGCUCCGUGGGGCUAAGUUUUCGCAGAGUAACCUGUUCAUUUGGGUGGGUUGCUGUAUGUUUGAUACAACUCUUGUGUAACAGCUUGUGCCUUUUAGCUAGGCAGAUCAUUCUCCUGUUCCAUUGUGCUGUGGAUUGGCACCCUGAUACCUCUACAAGAGGAUGACCAUCUACCUCACUGAGAGGCAUUGUAUGGAUAUUAUCUGGUCUGCAGCAGAGAUAAAUAGUUAACCUGGCACCAUCCCCAGCCUCCCUACAGAACUAGUUAUCAGACUGUUGGGCCAGGGCCACUUGCCUAUAAUUUUCUUCAUCUCUUGCUAAUCUCUAUAACUGAGGGGUUUGGUGUGUGUGUUUGUUUGGCUGAGUAGACAAGUAAGCCAUAGUGUUUGAAAGGAAAAAACCAUGUUGUUGAUUUUGUGUUGCUUUUCCCAGCUGAAACGGUCUGACCUCAGGAAGUACACCACCACUGAUGCUGAGUUUUCUACUACUAAAAGAGUGCUGCUGUUCUUUCAGCUACUCACAGUUCAGUCAUCCCAUCUUGGAUUUUCGUCUUCUCCACUGCGUUUGACUUUAUCAGUUCAGCCUCACUUAUGCCUCCUGCAAUAGGCCCCCUAGCUCAGCAACACAUUUCUUUCCCUUUACAACAGGGAGGAGAAGGCAGGGAGUGCCAUCCUUGUUGAGUAAUUUAAGUUUGCUGGUCAUGCGGAGGUUGAGAGAGCUACUGGGAUCCCAAGUUUUGCUUCCUCUGGCACGGAACAGACAGAUCCACACAGAGAAGACCCACGCAGUCCCAGUGGGAGUUCUGAGUAUGGAGUGCGUACGUUACAUGAGCCUAGAAGACUGCUUUCCAUCUUUUCCUUCCAGGCUCUUUUUUUCCCCCAUCCAGCCAUCUCUCCAUAUCCUCUGGAAUAGAAAAUGACUUGGGGUACCCCAAGAGGGCCCUGCAGACUUGUAAAUGGUGUUUCUGUUUUCUAAGGGUGAAACCUGGAUAUCACAGACUGUGCUAUCAUCUCAUCACUCCAUUUUCCCUUGCAUAAUAACUGCGCUACUCUUUUUUUUUUUAAGUGCAAAGUGCUGUUAGAGAAGUUCAACUAUAGCCUUUGUUGUCUUGGUACCUUGGAAGCAUUAGCUCUGAUGGUCUAUAAGUAUAUUAAGAGGAUCCUUUCAUUUUAUUAGAGCAGCUUAAAAUUUUGUCUGCUCUGGCAUUUCUUUGGGAUCUCUGUUGACCUGCUUAAUCAGACUGGUUCCUUCUAGACAUUUCUUGCCAUUUCCCCAGCCAGAAUACUCCUCCUUGAUUACUGACUUUAAGACCUAAAAAGGGGGGACACUAGUUGAUUUAGUAAUGGAGCAGCAUGUGAUUAGAAUUCUGUUUGGGGGCCUUGCUGUUUUGGUGCCAAUGUGUAUUUAACUAGCUGAGAGAUGCUGUUCGUAGGCAAAGAAGAGAAAGGAGGAGAGGUGUUGCCCAGCUGGAGAACAGAGCAGUGAACAGCAGCUGUGAAGGACUUGGGACAGUAGGAAAAGGGCAUUUGGCCAAUGCAGGUGUUACCAGAAGUGAUCUGACUGACCCGAGAAGAUGGAAACAGAUGAUAUAGAGCUAAAGGUAUCCCAUGCUCUGCACCACUCCAAAGCCGUCUUUAUAAAUGAAAAAUUAUUUGGGAUUGAAUCCAAAAGAAAUUCUAUAUUUAUGCAUCAAUUACAUCUUGUCCAUAAAUAGGAGUCACAUUCCCAAGACACUGCUAAGAUGUUAAUCUUCUGGGGCAUCACUUGUUUGUUGAGUGCCCUGAAACAUACAUAUUUACCUUUUGGCACUUUAAAAUUCAUCCUUGAAGUCUCUUUUGGUUCAUUCCAAUAUAGUCAGUGUGGAUCUGGUAGUUUUCUGUAUUUGGUCCUAAAUCUGAAGGAGGUGACUCUUUCCUGCCUCUCGCAUAAUUGACAAUCAAGACACCCUCAUUUCUGUGUCAUUUCCAUCUCUUGGACAGUGUUUGCCUUGUGUGACAACUUACCUCUCCCUAGAGAUUCAGGGGAUUCUGGAUUCUUGUGAAUGGGUAGCUGAACUUUUCGUUUUAGGUGGUUGGUACUUUUUUCUCUCUGAAAUGAUCCGUCAUCACCUCUUGGGGGAGAGGCUCUGUACUCUUCUCUUCUAUCUGGUCAGCAUAUUCAAUUGAAGAAUCUUUUUGAACCUAGAAACACACAGUGUGUUGGCCUCAAGCAAAUGAAGACCCAGGGUUGUUAAGUCUCCUGUGGGCCUUCUCCUCCCUUGACGUUAUGUUCUAAGCUCCUAGUUACUCAUGCCACAUGUAAAUCCUGUGUCUUGGCACUGCCACGGUCAUUUGACUUACAUUGAGGCUUGCAUCAGAAAGAUUUCCUGUCUGUGAUAAUGGCACUGAGAAUUCAGAAAGUCUUAAGAGCAAAAAGGGACAAGAAGUAGCUGCUUGGGUGGCCUGUUUGAUGUCCUUUAACUUGUGUUGCAGUCACAUAGCACCACAUGGGCAAGACGUGCUCCAGGAGAGAGAACUGAACAAUUCCCACUGCAUUCCUAAUGCUCUUCUGUGGAGUCCCUGUACCCCCAACUGUGGGAGGUGGUUACCCUCAGUUUCACUUUGGCCCAAAAAAUCCCAUUUCUGUAGGAAUAGAGUCCAGUUAUUUUGAUUCUCAUCAGGAGGCAUGCUGUCCCUGCAUUCCAUCUCCUUGUACAGACCAAGAGUUUUACCUUCUUCCCUGGGCUUUUGUUUCUAAGAAAGUAACUAAUACAUGAAAAAUAACUUUUAGCUUUCUCUAUUACCCUGCCUUUGCAUGCACUUGAAAUGUUAACCCCUCCCUACCACCACCAUAUAUGUGGCAGGAAUGACAGCUUUCUAAAAGUGGCUUUGCUUCACUGAAGAGAUGACCCACUGCCUUGAUUCCUGGCUCUGUUUAUCCUGUGGCUUAUGGACACAUUUACUGGUGUUUGAGUCAGUGUUCAUUCUUUGAGAACCUGAGGCAGAUAAAGGGGACUCUUCCAUGACCUAUAGGCUUGGUUCUGACCCUCACAAGGCUGUGUCCUGGUAGAACAAUUGCACUGGCUUGCUUUCAGGGGUUAGCUACAAGGUUCAUUUUUAAUCUCUUUGUUGC